CAAAGUUGUCAACUUGCGUCGUGUUGGAAAAAUUUUACGUCGCUAUGUUCAGUCCAGUCAGAACUCGAAAUAAAUAAAUUGAAUAUGGCUGAAGUCGAAGGACAUAAACAUCGAGAAACUAAUAACCAUGAGGGAGAAGGCUAUGAGGUGGUAGGCAAGCUGAGUUUGCGUGUCAAUUAUAAAGACAUACAAACUAUAUCCCAGCCUGAUGCCAAGUUAGAACCCCCAAUAACAGAGAAGCCGUCGGCUCCGCCGCGCAACGGUCCGCACGGCGUGCAGGUGGUGAACACGGGCCCCGACCACACCUUCAGCCUCGACGAGGACGUGCUGAAGGAGCUGCUGCUGCAGGACGACAUCAAGGACCGGCCCGUGGUCGUGCUCUCAGUGGCCGGCGCCUUCCGCAAGGGCAAGUCCUUCCUGCUCGACUUCUUCCUACGGUACCUUAAUAAUAAGUAUGGGUCCGACGGCAGCAUGGACUGGCUGGGCGGGGACGAGGAGCCGCUGCAGGGCUUCAACUGGCGCGGCGGCUCCGAGCGCGACACCACCGGCAUCCUCAUGUGGUCCGAGAUCUUCAAGGCCACGCUCGACAAUGGAGAGAAGGUGGCGAUCGUCCUGCUGGACACGCAGGGCGCGUUCGACAGUGAGUCCACGGUGAGGGACUGCGCCACCAUCUUCGCGCUCUCCACCAUGGUCUCCUCCGUCCUCAUCUACAAUCUCUCGCAGAACAUACAGGAGGACGACCUACAACAUUUACAGCUGUUCACGGAGUACGGGCGGCUGGCGCUGGAGGACAGCGGGCGCACGCCGUUCCAGCGGCUGCAGUUCCUCGUGCGCGACUGGAGCUUCCCCUACGAGGCGCCCUACGGGGCUGAGGGCGGCCGCACCAUCCUGCAGCGGAGGCUCAAGGUGUCCCCUCACCAGCACCCCGAGCUGCAGUCCCUGCGCAAGCACAUCACGUCGUGCUUCUCGGAGAUCGCGUGCUUCCUCAUGCCUCACCCCGGCAUCCGCGUGGCUACGAGCCAGGAGUUCGACGGCAGGGUCAAAGACAUCGAGAUGGAAUUCAAAUGUUCGCUGCAGCAGCUGGUCCCGAUGCUGCUGGCGCCGCAGAACCUCGUGCCCAAGCUCAUCAACGGGCAGAAGGUGCGCGCCAAGGACCUCGUGCAGUACUUCAAGUCCUACAUGAACAUAUACAAGGGCAACGAGCUGCCCGAGCCUAAGAGCAUGCUUGUGGCGACAGCAGAAGCUAACAACUUGACAGCUGUGGCCGAGUCUAAGGAGUUAUACACGAAACUGAUGGAGGAGGUGUGUGGCGGGGCGAAGCCCUACCUGCAGACACAGCUGCUGGAGGCCGAGCACGCGCGGAUCAAGGACAAGUCGCUGCACGCCUUCCACGCCAAGCGCAAGAUGGGCGGCGACGAGUUCAGCCAGGCCUACUACACACAGCUGCUACAGGACCUGGACGAGCAGUUCGUGCAGUUCCGCGCGCAGAACGAGAGCAAGAACAUCUUCAAGGCGGCGCGCACGCCGUCCGUGUUCUGCGCGCUGGCGCUGCUGUUCUACGUGCUGAGCGGGCUGGCCGGCCUGCUGGCGCUCUACCCCGUGGCCAACCUCUGCAACCUGGCCAUGGGGCUGGCGCUGCUCACGCUCGUGCUCUGGGCCUACAUCCGAUACAGCGGAGAGAUGCGAGAAAUUGGAGUCACAAUAGAUGAUGUAGCAAACGUGCUGUGGGAGAAUGUCUUGUGAUAUGCAAUAUGCCAUGACGGAUAUGUGGGCGGCCUUUUCGUUUUAUGAAGUAAUAUUGGAAAAUGUUUGCGUAACGGUGUGAAUUAUAUGAGGUACGUGUUAUUAAAUACAAAUAGUGUUUAGGCUAUUUAUACCACAGACAAGACACAAAGUUGAGUCUUGUUUCAAGACACCAGUCGCUACGGAGGACUCUGAUCGAUCA